AUGACAAUAAAGACAAAUAUAACAAGCAAUGAAGAUAGAAACAGAUAUGGUGAUGAAGACAAAGACAAAUAUAAUGAAGAUGGAUAUGGUGAUGAAGAUAGAAACGGAUAUGGUAAUAAAGAAGAAGAUGGAUAUGACAAUGAAGACAGAUAUGGUGACAAAGACGAAUAUGAUGACAAGAGGGAUGUACUUAUGGGAGAAAAGAAUUUUAUUG